AUGACUUCCCGCUCGUCAGCUUUCUCCUUCACCCUUUCUCUCAUCUUAUGGUACUGUGUCCUUAUCAGUGCAGAAGACACGACCGCCCAGCUACCGACAUCAACACUCCUACCCGAUGGCAAUCAGCAGGCCACAGUAGGGUGGGUGAGCAAUCCCAAAAGGAGAGGAACCUUGACCAUCAUUAUUGAAUGUUUGACGACAAUCUUUGCCUGCACCUGGACCGUCUUGCACCUCAACGUUCCUGCUAUAACCGAUUCCACCAAGACACGGGUUCUACGCAAAGUGAAAUGGAUGGCUAUUACAGUUCUCUUUCCCGAAUUCAUCUUCGCCAAAGCUGUUUGCGAGCUUCGAUUUGCGUUAUACAACACGCUUGACAAGAUGUACCGAAGCAUUACAUUUUCGCCAGAGCACUCCUUCGAAAUCGUGUCAGAGGCGAAAGUCCAAAAUGGCCGUUCCUGUUGGGUUAUUUGGGCAUGGACCGUCGAAUUUGAACCAGUGAAGAGCAUGCUAUACAAAAUACUACUGCAGCAUUCACCAUACAAAUACGGAUCGAGAUCGGUACAUGAACUGGACAACGAGGGGAAGAUGGCUGAGAAUUUGAAGACAUUUUUCAAUAAGAGCUUCUCAGACAGAGACAGGCACCUCUAUGACAGAGGAAUUGCGGUGGUGAGAGUUCAGAAAUGGACGCUUACACACGCAUAUUACGUCAACAUGGGUGGAAUAGUCGGGCUGAAGCGGAUGAAACAAUGGACUGAGGAAGGAAGGCAGCCAUAUCUUACUCACUCGUAUUCAGUCGUACGGGGCGACCACGCAGUUUCGGGUUUGAAAACAUGGGGGCUCGGUCAUCCACUCAGAGAACUUCGACUAUCAGCAAACGACAUCAAGGAUAAAAGCAAAGCGGACUGGAUCGUCAAGACAAUUGCUGUGAUUCAAAUUGGACGGCUUAUCUUGGAUCUCAUUACGCGUGCUUGGUCGUUCCGGUUUCCGACGCGUGUGGAGCAGCAUGCCUGGCAAGCGGCUGCCUUGGUAUCAACGACCUUACCCAUAUUUGCCUUGGCUGGAAGCUUCUCUAUUCUACGCUACAGACCUCGAGACGUUAAGCGGAGGGUGACAGGAGCCGUAAAAAACAUAUUUGAUGAGUAUGGUACCAAUUUACUGAUUGCCGACCACGAAUGGUGGGACGCCUUCACAACUGCACUGAGCAACCUCCGAAGUUCCCUAAAAGAGCUGAGGCCCAUCAAGUAUGGAAGCAGGGAUGCAGAAAGGUUAAUCAACAUUAUCUGGGAUAUUUGCAGCAAGUUGAGGGACCCAAGGGACCAGGCUUAUGGCCUCAGAGAUCAAUACCAGGGCUGGAUGAAAAAAAAGCACCCAUCACUCCAUGGAAACCUAGGAGGGCUUCCUUAUGGAGGGCCCGAAGGAGUGUUCCAUUGGAUCCUCUCACGUUGUGCCCAGCCAGCUCCCUCGGAUGAGGAGAAGGGAUACCGAGAACUCGGGAAGAAUCGCGACAUUCAGGCACAGAGACUCUCAAGAUUCCUCAACAUAAUUAGCGCGAUCUUUUAUACGGUUGCUCGGCUUGUGCUCAUUGCAAUCAUGUUCUCCAGUCUCCGGGCGGCUCCAAACGGGGUAUACGACACUGCCGAAUGGGCCCGCUUCGUCCCGAGCUUCUCGUGA